GCGCUUGCUUACGGUUCAUAGUCUAGGCUUGGGUAGUGUUUUGUUGUUGUUGUUGUUGUUGUUCCAAGAUCCAAUAUGUUUUGUAACUAACACCAAUUAGUGCCCGAUGAAAUUGCCAUAAGAAAAACAAUCGUGCCAAAUGCGGUUUAGUGAACCAUGUGAUCACCUUCGUAGCAAUAGUUCAGAAUUCAUCUCGAAAUGUUUGCGACUAUCGUGUGAUCAUUUGUUCCAACCAUUAUCUACCAUGUUCCCUACCGUUUCCAUACUGCUGCUGUUCCUAGCUUUUCCGCUUGUUCUAGGCGGUUCAAGCAACAGCUCGACUCCGUUUCUGUUCAGCGAAGAGGAUGCCCUGUUGACGGUGCCUCAGCUGAUCACCAAGUAUGGCUACGAAGUGGAAGAACACCUGGUCCGAACGGAGGACGGGUAUCUGCUGACGAUGUUCAGGAUUCCGGCCCGAAGGAGAAGACGAAGAAAGCAUCCGGUUUUCAUGAUGCACUCACUAUUUAGUAGUAGUUCCGAAUGGGUGUUGAUCGGUCGGAAGCAUGGUCUAGCCUAUCUGCUAGCGAACCGUGGUUAUGAUGUGUGGAUGGGAAAUGCUCGCGGUACUCGCUACUCGCGAAGUCAUGAACGAUACAGUAUCAGUUCGUCAGAGUUCUGGGACUUUAGCUUCCACGAAAUUGGGUUCUAUGAUAUCCCGGCACUUGUCGAUUACGUCCUAGAACGUACGGGAGCUCGCCGGCUUCACUAUGUUGGCUUUUCGCAGGGUGCCAUGGCAUGUUUUAUAGCGCUAAGUGAUCGCCAUGGGUUAAACGAGAAGAUAAUCGAAAUGCAGGCCCUAUCCCCGGCUGUCUACAUGCACCGUAGUUUAAGUGUUUUCGUGAAAUUCGUAGUUUCGGCAGUACAGAAGCUAUCAGAUAUAUUAUACUCUGCCAGUCGGUCCGAGUUUCUGCCGAACCGUGAGAAGCAGUAUUUUUUCUUCCAACGGCUGUGUCCUUCGCCGGAGCAAACCAUCUGUCGGACGGUGAUCUACGAUAUGGUCGGAAAGAAUCCGGAAAAGCUUGGUGUAAAACCACUGAGGAUCUUCUCCGGACACUAUCCGGCGGGUGCUUCUAUGAAGCAGGCACUGCACUACGCGCAGAUCAUUCGGGACGGUAUUUUCCGGCAGUUUGAUUACCGUGAUCCGGGUACUAACUUUCAACGGUACGGAAGUCCGCGUGUUCCCCGGUACAACCUGUCUCGAGCGACGCUUCCGGUUAGGACCUAUUUCGGGUACAACGAUCACGUGGUCAACUAUCUGAAUGUACUGCAGCUGGAGCAGGAAUUGCCGAAUGUCGUGGGAAGCUAUCCGGUGUCGGAUAAGCUGUUCACCCAUUUUGAUUUCGUUAUAGGUAGCGAGGUGAAAGAGGUACUCUAUGACGAAGUUGUGAGGAACGUGGAAAAGGCGGAGAGGGGGGUCUUUUGAAGUAGGUUAAUAAACAGAAGUAUGAAUAUCGACUCGGUAUAGUGUACUCGCUCCGGCGACGUGUGUGUGUAUGUGUAUUUAAUUUAUCUCCUACUGAUCGGCAGUGUUUUUAUGCAAAAAACUUGUCGGUUUUCAUGUAUUGUGUAUAUUUGUGCCAUGUAUAUAUGCAAAUAAUUUUAGA